GCUCGAAAGCCAUUUUGGCCGGAACACUAAAACCUUGAAUUCUCUCCCAAUUCUCCAGAUUUCUCUGGAUUUAUUUUUUUUCACAUUUUUUUCCAAAAUCACUUCCAUUUUCAAGCAAUAAUCUAUUCGAAGAAAAAAAAAAAAAGGAAUCGAGAUUUUCUUUACAGUAACCUACGAAUGGCGAGCUUCGAUUCGAAUGGCCCACCAAAUGCAGUUUCUAAUCAGGGCAAUCUCUUCUACAGCCGCGGUGGUCGGCGGAGGAAGUCGUCGCUGAGGAAGAUAUCGGAAGAUGUGAUCAAGGAGUACCUCAUCAAGAAAGCACAGAAGAAAGCUCUGAAAGUUAAUAAGAAGUUGAAAUCGCUGAAGGUUUAUGGUUAUUCUAAUGAUUCCAAUCCGUUUGGUGAUUCCAACCUCAAUGAAAAGUUUUUUUGGCGGAAGAAGAUGGAGCGAGAUGUUGCUCAAGGUCUAACGAUAGAACAGAUUUCGGUCAAAGCUGAAAAAAUGAAACAAAAAGAAAGGAUGGCAGAGAUUGAGAAAGUGAAGAAAAGAAGGGAGGAAAGAGCAAUUGAAAAAGCACAACAUGAAGAGGAAAUGGCAAUGUUGGCAUGGGAACAUGCUCGGGCUGAGUUCCAGGAUUGGGAGAAGAAAGAAGAGGAGUUCCAUUUUGAUCAAAGCAAAAUUAGGUCAGAGAUUAGAUUGCGUGAAGGGCGUAUAAAACCCAUUGACAUUCUUUCAAAGAACCUUAAUUGUUCAGAAGAUUUCGACAUCGAAAUAAAUGAACCUUACACGGUCUUCAAGGGUCUGACGGCUAAGGAAAUGGAGGAGCUUUGUGAUGACAUAAAAAUGCAUAUGGAUUUGGACAGGGCAACACUGACACAUAUAGAGUUUUGGGAGGCAAUGAUGGUAGUUUGUGAUUGGGAACUUGCUGAAGCUCGGAAAAGGGAUGCACUUGAUUGGGCAAGGGUACGUGGCGAGGAACCACCAGCUGAAGUACUUGCUGAAGAAAGGGGCUUGCAUUCAAACAUUGAAGCAGAUGUCAAGAACCUGUUGCAAGGGAAAACAUACACCCAGUUGGAGGCAAUGCAGAGUCAGAUUGAGUCUCAGAUGCGUUCUGGUACAGCCAAGGUAGUUGAGUAUUGGGAAGCUCUUUUGACAUGCCUUCAUAUAUUCAAGGCAAAGGCUUGUCUAAAGGAAAUUCAUACCAGUCUGCUGCGUAAGCAUUUACAGUGCUUAGAGCAUCCUGUGGAAUCUGAACAGCACUUAGACACAGAUCAUGAUUCAAAACGUGAAGAGGAAGAUACUAUGGAUGACAUGGAAGAAGCUCAGCCUUACUCCCCAGAACCCAUAAUGGCUGAACCAACAAAUGAGAUGCAGGAAGAGCCUGGUUCAUUUUCACCGGAGUUGAUGCAUGCUGAAGAUAAUGAAGAUGCAAUAGACCCUGAAGAUGACCGGGUUGAGCUGGAAAGGAAAUGCGUUGCUGUGUUAGAAGAACAGCAGAGACGGCUUCAAGAAGCAAUGGCAGCGGAGUCAGCUCAGCCUGAAGAUAACAUGGAGAUGAAAGCGAUGAAAGCAAUGGGAACCAUGGAAGAAGGUGAUGCAGUAUUCGUCUCUGGAGCUGAAGUUAAUCUGGAGUCACAGGUAUACUGGUGGCAUGACAAGUACCGCCCAAGAAAGCCCAAGUAUUUCAAUCGCGUUCACACGGGAUAUGAAUGGAACAAAUACAACCAAACACAUUACGAUCACGACAAUCCUCCACCAAAGAUUGUGCAGGGAUACAAAUUCAAUAUAUUCUACCCAGAUCUCGUUGAUAAGACGAAAGCUCCUGGUUAUACCAUAGAGAAAGAUGGUAGCAGUGGCAAGACAUGCCUGAUAAGAUUUCAUGCCGGACCACCUUACGAGGACAUUGCAUUCCAUAUUGUCAACAAGGAAUGGGAGUAUUCUCACAAGAAGGGUUUCAAGUGCACGUUUGAGCGUGGGAUUUUGCAUGUCUAUUUCAACUUCAAACGCUACCGGUACCGUAGAUGAUUCUGGGCCCCAGUGAGGUCCGCAUUCUAUAAUCUAUCAGAGGCACAUUUCAGUAGGGGAUUCUGGUGUGUCCUCUACAUGAAUGGAUCAUGUGCAGCAGUUUGUAAUGCUUGAUGGAUGGGAUGUGUAUUUCUUUCCCUACAGUAAGAGCUUUUGUAAAGAACAAAAGAAAAUCUUUAAAGUUUCAGCUAUUUCAACUUUUCCAUCCUGUAAAGUUGUCUUCACAGCUACCCCAUUUACGUUAUUUGACAAUCA